GUGCGUGACUAAGGAAGACGAAGGUAGACAGCUUCUUCUCUGCGUUUUCUUCUCCCCUUCCUCAAUUUUGUUCAGAUGUGAAAAGCCAUCAUUCUCUUUCCUUUUUACUGGCAGUACUUUUUCUCUCCCUCUUAUCGAGAAGUACUAUCGUCAGCGUCACUCCAAAGCCACCUCAAGAAAAAGAUAGCUAAGAGGAGUAGCCACCCAUUUCAUAGUCUUCAUCUGAAUGAGCUUUUGCUUGUGGAAAUUGAUGGGUUCUUGUUAAUAAGUAGUACUAGAGUUUUUGUUGUUGUUUGGUCAAGAAGAAAACUUUGUCUCUCAUCUUUGGAGGUUGGAAGAUGGGGAACGUCCUCUGCUUCGGUUCUUCGGCUAGAGUUGAUUCAGCUCAGAGCCCCCAUACCAAUUCUGGGACCCCAAAAUUUACCAGCAAAACCAGCACUUCUUCAGCUCGUUCAAGCCCAUUACCAUAUUGCAGGGAGAGUAGCAUUGAAUCUCUUUCUACACCGCGAUCUGAACAUGAAAUAUUGUCAUCACCUCAUGUGAAAGCCUUCACUUUGAGUGAGUUAAAGAAUGUCACCAGGAACUUCCGUCCUGAUAGUCUUCUUGGUGAAGGAGGCUUUGGUUAUGUUUACAAAGGAUGGAUUGAUGAAACCACACUUACUGCUGCCAAGCCUGGAUCUGGUAUGGUUGUUGCUGUCAAGAAGCUUAAACCUGAAGGUUUCCAAGGCCACAAGGAGUGGUUGACAGAAGUUAAUUAUCUUGGCCAACUCCAUCAUCCUAAUCUGGUUAAACUUAUUGGAUACUGCUCGGAGGGUGAUAGCCGGCUCUUGGUUUAUGAGUUUAUGCCCAGAGGGAGCUUGGAGAAUCAUCUUUUCCGAAGAGGGCCCCAGCCACUUCCCUGGGCAACAAGGGUCAAAGUGGCAAUAGGUGCGGGUAAAGGCCUCUGUUUUCUGCAUGAUGCUGAAGUCAUUUAUCGUGAUUUCAAGGCUUCCAAUAUCUUAUUAGACGCGGAUUUCAAUGCAAAACUGUCUGAUUUUGGCUUGGCUAAGGCGGGACCCACAGGUGAUAGGACACAUGUUUCGACUCAAGUGAUGGGUACUCAUGGUUAUGCAGCACCUGAAUAUGUUGCUACAGGUCGGUUAACAUCUAAGAGUGAUGUAUACAGCUAUGGGGUUGUUCUGUUGGAGCUUUUGUCAGGGCGUCGUGCUGUUGAUAGAUCAAAGAGUGGUGUGGAACUGAACCUGGUGGACUGGGCAAAGCCGUAUUUGGGGGAUAAACGGAGAUUAUUCAGGAUAAUGGACACCAAGUUGGAGGGUCAGUACCCCCAGAAAGGAGCUUAUGCAGCUGCUACCCUUGCUUUACAGUGUUUAUGCGCUGAGCCUAGACUGCGGCCACGAAUGAAAGAGGUUUUAGGAGCCCUAGAAGAACUCCAGGCUCCCCAAAAUGUAGGCAAACCCUUGGUGUCAGAGAAGAAGAUCGUUUCCGACCGUGUUAAAAAGUCACCCAUGAGACACCACCGGUCACCCAAGAAUUUGACACCUUCUGCAUCCCCGUUGCCAGCCCACCGGCAGACAGCUCAUGUACGUUGAGUAGAUGAGAUAUUGUAUUUUGAUUCGGCAGGAAUUCCAAUGUUGCUUUUUUUCUUAUUCCAUACCAGUUGUGCAUAUGAAAUGUGGAAUGGACUGUGACAGAGUUUUGCCUUGUGCUAGACAUGCAGUGCCUGAACAAUCCAAAUGUAUCGUUGUAUAUGGGGUGGUGCAAAUUGUUUUGGUCAA